AUGGUUCUGACACAGCUUGCAUCAGCAAACUUGGAAGGGCUCUGCUCUAAAGAGCAGCUUGAGCUUCUCAAUACUGUCGAUUCUUUGCGAUCUCAAGGCGUUAGUCACUACAUCUCCUUGCCCCAAAUAAUUGUAUGCGGUGACCAGUCCUCUGGCAAAAGUUCUGUCCUCGAGGCCAUCUCUGGUGUUUCGUUCCCAGUCAGCACCGGGCUCUGCACGCGCUUUCCAACAGAACUUAUCCUUCGAACGGCUUCACAUACUUCGGUCAAAGUUUCCAUCAUCCCACACCAGCUGAAACGAGAUAAGAAAGAUGCUUCGUCCGAUUUCCAUGAACAACUGGACUCGGUUCAGCAGUUGCCAGACUUGAUCGAAAACGCCAAGGCAUAUAUGGGAAUAAAGACCCUUGGCAAGGCAUUCUCUAAUGAUGUGCUUCGCAUCGAGAUCAGCGGGCCGGAUCGCCCGCAUCUCACUAUUGUUGACCUGCCGGGAUUGAUCCAUUCGGAGACCAAGAAUCAAUCGGCCUCAGACGUCCAUCUUAUUACGCAAAUCGUCAAGGGCUUCAUGUCAAAGCAGCGAAGCAUUAUCCUUGCUGUCAUAUCUGCAAAGAAUGACUAUGCCAACCAAAUCGUCUUGAAGCUCGCUCGUGAUACAGACCCGAGAGGGUUACGUACACUUGGUAUCAUCACCAAACCUGAUACUCUUGCUGCUGAUUCCACAAGCGAGAAAAGCUACAUCUCUCUUGCCAAAAACUUGGAUGUAGUAUUUCGUCUUGGAUGGCAUGUACUCAGAAACAGAGAUACAGACGCAGACAAAUGGACACUGGCGCAGCGCGAUGUACAGGAGAAAGAAUUCUUCUCCAAAAGCGCUUGGUCGGCCUUACCUGAGUCAUCUCUUGGUAUUGUAUCUCUGAGAAGCCGAUUGAGUAAACUGUUGUUACAUCAAAUUGCUUCGGAGUUACCAAGCUUGAUGGAUGAGAUUUCCACCGAGAUUGACGAUUGUGAGACAGAAUUGGGGAAAUUUGGCCAGCCUCGCAUAACCGCACAAGAGCAACGCAUCUAUAUGAUUCAGAUCAGCCAAUCAUUCCAAUCUCUUAUGCAGGCCGCAGUUGAUGGCACAUAUACCGAUCCUUUUUUCAGCGACUCGGAACUGGAAUCAGGCUAUAACAAGCGCAUCCGCGCGCUUAUUCAGAACCUCAGCCGAGACUUUGCUAAAGAAAUGGAAGAUAAGGGUCGGUUUUAUAAGACUGUGGACUCUCACAAGAAGGGUGAAAAGUCCAACGGCCACAUGAUGUUGACAAGAACUGAGUUUGUCGAUAAAGUCGUCGACAUGAUGGCCCACAGACGUGGCCGAGAGCUGCCAAAUUCCUUCAGCCCAGCUGUCGUUACGGAUUUGUUUCGUGAGCAAUCGAAACCAUGGCAGGCUAUUGUCAACCGCCAUGUAAACAAAGUCUGGGGGGCAGCUCGAGUGUUUAUGGAUCAUUUGAUUUCACACAUCUCUGAUUCAGAGACAAGUGACGCCAUUAUGGACGCGGUUGUGAGGCCCAAGAUGAAGGCAAUACUGACCAGUCUCCUCGAUAAGACUACAAUCUUACUUCAGUUGUAUCGAGACGAUCAUCCCAUCACCUACAACAGUGAUUUUGGCGAGGCUCUUCAGAAAAUCCGUGUCAAACGACACUCGUCACAGAUGGAUGAAAUUCUGCAGAGACACUUUUCGAGCGCUUCUCUUGACAGCACUAGUUCGCAUGUGAGCGUAUAUGUCAAUUUCGUAAGUUUAAAGCAAGAAUUGGCACAGUGCAACGAGCCCGAUUUGUAUCGUUGGAGUGCUGCCGAAGCGCUUGACAGUGCCGAGGCAUAUUAUGAGAUCGCCCUUAGACGUCUAAUUGACGAGAUCUCGAUUCAAGUCAUUGAAACAGGUUUAAUUGCUGAAAUCCGCGAGAUCUUGAGUCCCCUUGCCGUGGCAUACAUGGAUGAGGAUGAAAUGGAGGCCAUUGUUGGUGAGAAGGAAAGCAUUCGUGAAGAACGCAAGAAGCUAGAAGCUAAGCUGAAGCUUCUUCAUGCUGGCUCCGAGACAUGCAAGAAGUUUUCUGGAUUUCGAGCCUUAGUGUUUAAUGAUAGCAACGAUGAUGCUACCAUUGCGGCGAGGCCUCAGAGAAGUGUUUGGUCUCCGGUAACCCCGGAGGAGCUGGAUGAGUGA